UCUAGAACAGGGUGAAAAUCCUCAGAUCUCCCAGAUCUAAAAUAUGUCGACACCAGAAUCGGAACGUCUCUAUCUUCAAGACCAUUUUUCCUAUUUUAUAGGAUACUUUGCCGAAUUUCAAAGAACUGUUAGUAUACGAAAGUUUCCCUGGAAAGUCUCUAGUGUUGAUUAACGAUAUUUGAGCCAGUAAGACCGCGAGAAUGCCGCCCAGAGGUAACAAGAAGAAGAAAGCGGGAUAUCCAACAAGAUCCCAUAAACUCAGAGUUAUCUUGCUCCCAGGUGGCCGCAGCAGUGCGGAACAGAGUGACACUGACCUGGUGGAUGACACAGCCAGUAACGUCAGCAGCAGUAGUGACCUGCGCAGUCUCACAGGAGAGGAGGGAAUUCCCCCUCCUGAUGCUAUAGAUGAAACUGAGGCCCAGGAAGAUUUUGAGGAAAAACUGAGAGACCAGAUAGAUGGAACCACUCAGAAAAGUGCAAGUGGCCGUAAGUCGUGCCUGGCUGGUCUUCGUCAAACCUUCUCCCGCAAGGUUUUACCAGACUUCAUAGACAAUAGGAAAGUUACCAUCACUGAUUGUGUAGAAAGAUGUUUAAAGAAAGGAAAGGGUGAGGAGCAGGCCCUGGCUGCAUCAGUAGGCUCACUGCUGUGUGUCCAGCUGGGCUCCAGGGAGGGGUGUGAGGAGAUCUACAACAGCCUGAAACCCAUCAUGAUCACCAUCAUGAACGACAAGUCUGCAGCAGCCACUGCCAGAGCUGCUUGUGCACAAGCCCUGGGCCUCAUCUGCUUCAUAGCUGCAGGGGACAUGGAGGAGGUUGUUGACAUCAUGACGAGUCUGGAGAAGAUCUUCUGCGCGGCGUACCUGAAGGGUGACGGCACGUCGCCUUCCCACAGUCCCGCGCUGCAGGCCCUGCACUGCGCCGCUCUGUCAGCAUGGACCCUGCUGCUGUCCAUAGCACCACCUUCUAAAGUACAGGAGUUUGUCAAAACCCACCUUCCCAAGCUGCCCCAGCUGUUACAGAGUGAUGACGUGAACAUGCGCAUCACGGCGGGCGAGGCCAUCGCACUGCUGUAUGAACUAGCACGGGCCGAGGACGAGGAUUUCCUGGGUGCUGACCUGGACUCGCUGUGUGCCCGUCUGAAGCAGCUGGCCACUGAGAGCGUCAAGUACAUCGCCAAGAACGACAAGAGAAAACAACGCUCCAGCUUCAGGGACAUCCUCAGAGGAGUGGAGGAGGCCGAGGCUCCCAACGACACGGUGAGGUUCAGUGUGGAGGAGAUCUACCUGGACAGCUGGGUGAAGAAACGCCAGUAUGAGGCCUUCAAGGACUCACUGGGAGCUGGAGUCAACCAGCAUUUACAGGAGAAUGAACUCCUGCGUGACAUCUUCAGUUUGGGAGCCCCCAUCGACGUAGCAGCCUACAACAAACAGAAUAAGAUCAGCCGGUUUGAGAGACACAUGUACAACUCUGCAGCUUUCAAGGCAAGAACAAAGGUCCGCAGCAAGCAGCGUGACAAGAGAACUGUCACUGCAUGAGCACAACGUCAGCCUGUAGAAUUAUUACACUAACUAGUGGUCUGUGCUGGAAGUCAGGCGGUUGCUAAUGUAGUAACUGCCUGGGGUUCGGUGCAGGAAACAUCUGCACGAGCGUUCUGUAUUUUCUUGAUAGAACAGAAAGUUGCUGUGUUUGUGGUACAGUUACUUAACAGCAGUGUCUGAUGACACAUGCUGCUUUUGUUAAAGGCACCCAAUGCAAUUUCAGGGCAGCAAAGUGAAAAAAAUGCCUCCGCCCCUAAGGCAUCGCCAAAAAUAUUCAUGAUUAGGAAAUACUAACAUUUAGUGCAAAUUGUUAGUACUUUUUCAUCAUCAUUUCAUACUUAAAGCAUUUCAGUGAGCCCCCAAACAGGCUAUGUGAGGGGUCCCUUUAUUUUUUGGUACCACCAAUAAACAUGGCAACUUUCUUCCACACCCCAGUGGUAUCUGCAAUACCAGUUUCUAAAGGCUCUUGGCAAAUAAUGGCUAAUUUGCAAUACAUGUAUUGUUUUUACUAUUACUACAUGUAACUAACACCUACAAGCAGCUUUUCUGUACAAUUUGACCAAAGAUUUUGACCAAAGCAUUUCAUCUAAGUAUGUUAUCUUGUUAAGGUCACACCAA